GUCAAAUACUCCUUUUGAAAACAAGUAAAUAAAAAGAAUUUAGAUGGAGCCUGCACCGGUCCAAUAUUUGAGGAAACUUCAGUUCAAUUCAGUGGCGAAACCGCCAAGUCUUCUAAGAAUUGAAGAGUCUGAAGUUGAACGCUUCAACUUUCUUUUACUUUUAACUUGUCUACUCUUCUUCGGAGAUUAUAAUCUGGUCUUGUUGAUUACGCACACCCUCAAAAUUUCUCAGGACGCUGAUCGAAUGAAUUGAGAAAACAACAUGGCAGCCGGAGGAGGAGGAGCAACUUAUCGUUCUUUGCAAGUCACACCGACGUGGGCUCUAGCAACCGUUUGCUUCAUCUUCAUCUCCAUCUCUCUUGUAAUCGAACAUUUGAUUCAACUUCUUGGCAACUGGCUUAAAAAAAGGAAGACUGCCUUGGUUGAAGCUGUGGAGAAGCUUAAAACAGUGCUCAUCGUCUUAGGGUUCAUGUCUCUUAUUCUUAGUGCAACUCAGGGACUAAUUUCGAAAAUCUGCAUACCCAAUAAAGUUGCAAGCACGAUGCUCCCUUGCCGUCAAACCGCACAGCCCAAAACCACACAAACGUUACAAGGAAGAAGAUUGGCUAAAAGUGAUGAUACAAGCGGGUCUUCUGAUUAUUGUGCCUCUAAGGGAAUGACUUCUGUGAUAUCACAAAAUGGCCUAAACCAGCUUAGCAUCUUCAUAUUUGUGUUAGCGGUGAUGCAGAUUGUCUACUGUGUUCUCACAAUGGCCCUAGGAAGAGCCAAGGUAGUUGGAUAUGAACGAUGGAAAGCCUGGGAGAAAGAAACUGAAACUGUUGAAUACCUGGCUGCCAAUGAUCCUCGUCGAUUUAGAUUUACAAGACAAACAACCUUUGGACGUCGACAUCUCAGCUCUUUUACAAGCACACCACUCCAUCUAUGGAUUAAAUGUUUCUUCAAUCAGUUCAUUGAUUCAGUGGCAAAAGUCGAUUACCUUACUUUGCGCCACGGCUUCAUCUCGGCUCAUCUGUCCACAAGCAGCUCCUUCAAUUUCCAGAAGUACAUCCAACGAUCCCUGGAGGAUGAUUUCAAAGCUAUAGUUGGCAUCAGCCCUUCCAUGUGGCUUUUAGUGGUUAUUCUAUUGCUCCUGGACGUGUACGGUUGGAAUGUGUAUCUAUGGAUUUCUUUUAUUCCGCUAACUAUAGUGUUAGUUCUUGGGACCAAACUCCAAGUAAUCGUUGCAAGAAUGGCACUUGAUCUGAAAGCUCAACACAUUGUAAUUAAAGGAACCCCUCUGGUGCAGCCUAACGACAAUUUUCUGGUUCAAAAACCAGAAUUUGUAUUGACCUUGCUGCACUACACUUUGUUUGUGAAUGCAUUUGAGAUGGCAUUUUUCAUUUGGGUCACGGUACGACUUUCUCAGUGAUUUUUAACCCAUGGUUUAGCUAGGUGAAAACGUGAUCUGAUGUUUUGAUUUUUACUCUGUAGUUGCUAUAUG